AUGGUUGAAGAAAAUGAUAAUGUCAAGAAGUUUAAAACAGACAAUAAAAAGUCACCCGAGAACACUGAAACAAAUGUUCCAGAUUUGCCCACUUAUGACAAAAAUAUACAAAGUAAAAAUAGCAAGUUGAUGAGUUUAGACAAGUCAAACAAUUCUUCAAUGAACGAGAGUGAAUGCAGUUCUGAAUUAAAUGAUUCAUGUGAAUAUGUAAGUGAGGAGUGUAGUUCUGACAAUUUACUUGGUUAUAACGAUAUUAUUGAGUCAGAUGACGAGUCUUAUAUUUGGUCAGAUAGUAUGGAUGUUGAACAGUUUACUCAUGAAUAUAAGAAGGCAUCUUGGCUUGAUAACAAUAAUGUCAAACCAGAAGUUAAAAGAAAAGAAGAAGUUUUAGUUGUAAAUUCAACUGAAAAAGUAUUCGAUACAACUUUUAAAAUACGAUUUAUUAAUAAUUUUAAUAAUUUUAUUGUAAUUAUUGAUUCAUUUAAUAUUCUUUAUGUGACUGAUUAUACUUUUAAUGAAAUUUUGAAGAAAAAAAUAACUAACUCUAAGAUUUCUGGACUUGUUUAUUUCAGAGGUAAAUUAUUAAUUUACACUGAAACUGGUCAAUGUGUUUAUGAAUUAGAUUCGGAUCUUAAUUUGAGAGAGAUUAAAAAUAAAUGUAGAGGAUGUAAAAAGGCUAUUGUCUUUAAAAAUAGAUUGUAUAUGUUAGGUGAUCAAUUAGUUAUUUUGGAUGAAGAUCUUACUCCAGUUGGUAAUGUAAAGUAUAAAUUAAAAGAUUUCAUUAUCUUUAAUGACACUUUGAUAGGUUUGGAUUAUAAUGGAAAAAUGAUUAUCUUUACGGAAAAUUCAACAGUUAUUAAAAAUAUUGAUUUUGAUGACAGAUUUAGUUUUAUUAGAUUAUAUUCAUGGUGUGAUGAUAAAGUUGUUAUUCUAACACAUAAAGGUGUAAAGAUUUUAAAUAAGAAGUUAGAGUUGUUAACAGAAGUUAAAACACUUAAGGAGGCACCUUCUUGUAUUUUGGGAACAAAAACUCAUUUAUUUUACUCUUGUCCUAAUGAUAGUUGUAUAAGAUUUCUAUUAAAAGAUUUAUCUCUGGGAGAAAUUAAGAAUAUAGAAAAGAUAAGGUUUGGUUCUAACAACUGUCUUAGUCUAAUUGAUGACAAACUAUAUAUUGGAUGUGGAAAAUAUGUCUUAUUGGUAGACUUUGAAUAUCAAAAUAUUAAUAAAAUAUAA